CACGGUGGUAUCCGACAGAGGAGGAGGAAACAGGAAGCUGCAAUAUUCCAACAACACCGGAGGUGAARCAAAAUAUGAAAACUUUUCCCUUCAUGCUACUGUUGACUGCUGYUACGAAAGGCUUUCGACAACAUCUUGGACAACAUAGACGACGAAUAUACAAUUCAAAGAAAGGCUUGUUUUCGUCAGCUCUUGAMGACGAUGCACAUUCUUCGAUGACGAUAUCAUCAGACAAAAAGUACCGAUUCCUAACGGAGGAUAACGCCGGCGGGAUAGGGAAAAUUGCCGAUGACUACGACGUCUUUUUGCUUGAUAUGUGGGGCGUCAUGCAUGAUGGGAUACGGCCGUAUAAGGGUGUCCCAGAGGUCGUACAGAAGCUAAAAGAGGCGGGCAAGAAACUCAUCAUCCUCUCGAAUUCGUCCAAGCGACGAGAAAAUUCUGUGAAAAUGCUGAAAAAAUUAGGUUUCUCGCCAGACUAUGACUUYGAGGAAAUUAUCACAAGCGGAGAAGUCGCUCACCACCUGCUUCGUUCCAUAGCGUCUUCUUCGCAAGACGAGGAUUCGAAAGAAUUCAAAUCAUCUUGGGUCCCGAAAAAMAUUCCUKGGGCUUUCCAAGAGCUACGGGAAAGCAAAAGAGAGCAGUUAUCAGCAUUUUGUUUUGGAAGCGGUGAUGGAGACGAGGAUUACCUUAAUUCGUGCGGKUGGGCACUCGCCGAAAACAUCGAAACGGCCGAUUUGAUAGUCGCUCGGGGAACAUUCCUGGUCCUCUCGGCCACCGAGUGCGCCGACAAAAAGGUSGACGAAGAUGCCUACUGGUCGGCCUAUCGAAGCACCCUUGAGCGAGCUUCAAAACUCAAAAACCCUCCUCCCAUGGUGGUUUGCAACCCUGACAARGUUCGUCCCGAUGCCGACAAGAGCCCCAUGCCGGGAACCAUUGGGGUGGCAUACCAAGGACUCUUGCAAACCGCUGGUAUGUCRGCAGAAGACUUGAUCUUGUCACUGGGUAAACCCUUCCCCAGCGUCUAUGAAAUCGCCCUUUCUUCCAUCGAAAACAGCAAUAAUGACAUACAACCGCGCGUAGCCAUGGUAGGAGAUGCACUUGAGACGGAUGUGACUGGRGCUACCGCGACAGGUAUUGACUCCAUUUGGGUCGUYGAGGACGGAAUCCAUAAUCAGGAGAUCUCUGUGGCGUCCUCUCUGGCAGAAGGAUGCGAGGCAGCCCUCCAAGACUUUAACAAACAUUCGGAAGACACAUAUGCGAAGGGACUUUCAGUAUCUCCCACCGUAGUCUUGCCUCAUUUUCAAUGGUGAAGGAGARAAAACAAACAACUCAGGUAGAAAUUGGAGUUACUGAUCCCUUCMUGCAUUUGCCGUUAUGCAAGAUCAUUAGAGCACGUAGCCACGAU